CGGAGCGAGGAAGCGGGAAACAGAAAAACACACCAUGGCUGAGCAGCAGCUUGUAAGCAUGGGCUUUUCAGAAGACAUCGCCGUCGAAGCUCUGACGGCGACCGGCGGCGAUAUCGUCAAAGCCACCGAGUGGAUUCUCAGUCACGGCCAUAACCAUAAGGGUUCUCAAGAUUCUUGCAAUUUCAAUCCAGUUUCUUCUUCCACCUCUGGGUCUCCCACUACCGCCGCCCACGAUCACCAUCCAUUCCAACCCAAAAUCGAUCGAUUUUUUCAAUUUCAAUCCAAACCCCUCACACACACUUCUGUAUCAGUGCUUAAACCUAUUGUUCCUACUAAAGGAGUGACAACCCAUGAAGAAGAAGAGGAAAAAAUAGACGUGGAACCUCCUUUACUCCGUCUAACUAAGCGUCCUAAAGUAGUAGAAUCUGAACAAAGAAAGAAACGACCCCCUCAUGAACCCUUGUCCGAACGAAUGCGACCUCGAACCCUUGACGAUGUUGUUGGGCAAGAUCACCUUUUGGCACCUAAAUCACUUCUUCGAUCAGCCAUUGAUUGCGGUCGUCUUCCUUCAAUACUUUUAUGGGGACCACCGGGUACCGGCAAAACCUCCAUUGCUAGAGCUAUAGUUAACACUUGCUCUGCUUCUGAAGCUGGUGGAAAUACCUACCGGUUUGUUUCUUUGUCGGCUGUUACUUCGGGGGUUAAGGAUGUUAGAGAAGCUGUUGACGAAGCGAGAAGAAUGAAAAAGAAGAGCAACAAGAGGACCAUUCUGUUCAUUGAUGAGGUUCAUAGGUUCAACAAGGCUCAGCAAGAUUCCUUUUUGCCGGUGAUUGAAGAUGGCAGUGUCAUUUUCAUGGGAGCUACCACUGAAAACCCAUCAUUUCAUUUGAUUACGCCUUUAUUGUCCAGGUGCAGAGUUUUGACUCUCAAUCCUUUAAAGCCCCACCAUAUUGCUACGCUACUCAGGCGGGCUGCGGCUGAUUCUGAUAAGGGGCUGUCCUGUUGUAUGGGAGAGAGUAUGAAAAUUGCAGUAAAUGAUGAAUGUAUAGAGUUUCUUUCAACAAACUGUGAUGGAGAUGCAAGGGUAGCAUUAAACGCCUUGGAAAUUUCAGCUACCACUGCUGCUGCACGUACGGGAAUGGCUAGAGGAUCAAACGAGGAGUUAGGGGACAAACAAGGAAAUGCUGAUGAGUCUCCUUUGUCUGCAGUUGUCAGUCUGGAUGAUGUCAAAGAAGCAAUGCAAUGUAAGCAUUUGGCUUAUGACAGAGCAGGGGAUGAACACUAUAAUCUUAUCAGUGCGCUUCACAAAUCUAUGAGAGGAAGUGAUGCUAACGCUUCCAUUUAUUGGCUGGCGAGAAUGUUGGAAGGGGGUGAAGAGCCUCUUUACAUAGCACGAAGGCUGGUCAGGUUUGCUAGUGAAGAUGUGGGGUUAGCUGAUCCAUCGGCUCUUGGCCAAGCUGUUGCUUGCUACCAAGCUUGCCAUUUUAUUGGCAUGCCUGAGUGCAAUGUUAUCCUUGCUCAGUGUGUUGCUUAUUUGGCCUUGGCUCCGAAGUCUAUUGCUGUCUAUAGAGCAAUAGGGGCAGCUCAAAAAGUGGUAAGGGAAUCCGUUGGACAAAAUGAAGGAGUGCCCCUUCAUCUUAGGAAUGCACCAACUAAGCUAAUGAAGGAUCUUAAUUAUGGGAGGGACUAUAUUUAUCCUCCUGACAAUCCAAACUCAUCCCAAGCUUACUUGCCACCGUCUCUUCAAGGUUAUAAGUUUCUUGAUUGGCCAAAUGUUGCUGCAAAUGAUCGAUGAUGAGGAUUACAUCACAAUGUUAUGGCUUCUAAGAAUAGCUUCUUUGCUGGUUAGCACUGUUUCUUCUCUUUUAUCUUAUUUCUCUGGUUUUGGGAUUUUAGUGAUCAGAGAAAUCUACAGUAAUUGUGAGCCUCUUUGUAGUUAUUUUUUGGGGACUUCUAUUAGUUGUGAGCAGAGGAGGUGGGAAAAACUUACUGGUUUGGAGGGAUUGUAUGAUGCCAAUUUUGGUUGUAGUUUUGUCAGAAUGUAUGCAUCCCCUCUUUUUUGUUUUU